UUUAAUAACUACAUGGCUUUAACUUGAUAUUAUAAGUCAUUAGCUUUUGGCAGCACAGAAAGUGUAUAUAUACCUGGGCCUUACAAUUGAGUUGGUAAACUUAGUUGAAAUUUGAAUACAUAUAUACUAGUAUAUAUUACACAGGAAGAUAUGUGGCUUAGUUUACUGGCAGUAGCACUAAUAGUUGUAGGAUUCACUCAUUGGGUGUAUAGAUGGAGAAAUCCCAAAUGCAAAGGGUUAUUGCCUCCUGGCUCUAUGGGUCUGCCCAUUAUUGGAGAAUCCAUUGAGUACUUCUCCUCACAUCCUUUGGAAGGAAUCCCACCUUUUAUUCAGGAAAGAACUGCAAGAUAUGGGAAGCUAUUUAAGACUAGUUUAGUUGGGCAUCCAGUGGUUGUAUCUACUGAUCCUGAAGUCAAUUACUAUGUGUUCCAACAAGAAGAAGUGUUGUUCCAGUGUUGGUAUACCAAGAGUGCUAUUGAACUCACUGGAAAAGAUGGAUUUCUUGACAACAAAGGGACUGUUCAUAAGUAUCUUAGGAACUUAGUUCUCAGCCUAGUUGGCCCUGAUAAGCUAAAACAUAACCAUAUAUCCGAAAUUGACCUAAAUAUUCGUAAACACUUGCAUCGAUGGGCUGGCCAGGGCGAGGUUGACGUCAAAGAAGCUUCUGAAAUUAUGCUAAUCACAUUUAUGGCAGAAAAGAUCCUAGGAUGUAAUGAAGAAAAAGCGUUGGAAUUGAGAGAGCAGUACAGAGCUUUCAUGGGUGGCUUUGUCUGUUUUCCAAUUAAUCUCCCUGGUACAGCUUAUCAUGCCUCUUUACAGGGGCGUAAAAAUGCCAUGAGGAUGAUCAAAGAUAUAGUGAAGGAGAGAAAAAAAUCAAAGGAAAAACGAAACAAACAAGAUUUCUUGGAUCACCUCCUUUGUGAAGUAGCCAAAAAAGAAACAAUUCUAACAGAGGAAAAUGCCCUGAAUACUGUCUUUGCAGUCUUGUUUGCUGCUUUUGAAACAACAUCUUCUGCCAUGGCCUUAGGUCUUAAGUUUCUCAAUGAUCAUCCUCAGGUGUUGCCACAACUUAUGGAAGAACACGAGAACAUUGUUAAAAACCGAGAGGACAAAGAGGCCGCGAUUUCAUGGGCAGAAUACAAGUCAAUGACAUUCACACAUAAGGUUGUGAAUGAAAUAGUAAGGCUAGCCAAUAUUGUGCCAGGAAUUUUCAGGAAAGUACUGAAAGAUGUGAAAAUAAAAGGAUUUACAAUUCCAGCAGGUUGGAUAUUGGUAGUAUGUCCACCAUCAGUUCAUCUUGAUUCAAAUAACUAUGAGGAUCCCCAUGUCUUCAAUCCAUGGCGUUGGAUGGAGGAAGAACUACAUAGUGCAUCCAAGAAAUUCAUGGCAUUUGGUGGUGGUCUCAGACUAUGUGCUGGUGCUGAUCUUGCCAAGCUGCAAAUAUCAGUUUUUCUCCAUUACUUAGUCACCAAGUACAGGUGGAGAAUGAAAAAAGAAGGGGACAUUGUGCGGACACCGGGUCUGUACUUCCUGGAGGGAUUACAUGUCCACAUCUCUGAAAGAAAUAAAGAAGAUGAUAAAAACCAGUGCAUUUAAUAUUUAAAUUUAAUGUUAUAAUGGAUGUAAUAUAUGCGUGACAAGUUGAUCGUAUGGGCAACACUUGCUACUCAGAGUUGCUUUGAACUAUCGAAACUAUAAUAUACGGGAUACUAAGUUAUUUGUUUAAUUAGUCGUGGAAUUUAGAACAUUUAAGUUGGGGUUAAAACCUUUUGACAAAUUCCUUGUGGCAAAAUCCAUUCACUUGUUGUUUCACUGAGAAGCUUGAUAUUCUUGUAAGUUCGAAAGUAAUGGAAAAUACAUAGUGAAUUUAUGUGA